AUGUGUCGGUUCCUGGUAUACAAAGGCAGACAUGAGAUCCGUCUCAGCAAGCUAGUCACGGAGCCAAGUCACUCCAUUCUGACUCAAUCAUACGACUCUCGUCUAAGACUGGACAACCGCCGCCCAGUCAACGGCGAUGGCUUCGGUGUCGGCUUCUACACAGACCCCAAGCUGGGUCCGGAGCCGUGCAUCUUCACCUCCACAUUGCCAGCGUGGAACUGCGAGAACCUGGAGCGUCUCGCGUCGAAGACGUGCUCCAACCUGAUCUUUGCCCACGUGCGCGCCACGACAGAAGGCGCGCUCUCCGACAAUAACUGCCACCCGUUCCAGCACCAGACGCUGAUGUGGAUGCACAACGGCAACGUCGGCGGGUGGCACUACAUCAAGCGCACGCUGGCCGAUUCCCUCGCCGACAAGUGGUUCCUGGGCGUGAAGGGCGGCACCGACAGCGAGUGGGCGUUCGCGCUCUUCCUCGACCUCCUCGAGAAGGAGGGUGUGGACCCCAGCUCCGAUCCUGGCCCGGAGGGGUUCGGCCAGGCCCUGCUGCGGCGUGUGAUGGUCAAGACCAUCGCCAAGAUCAAUGAGUUCAUCCGCGACAUCCCGAAGCGGCAUAACGUCUCCGGCGUGGAGACCCGCAGUCUGCUCAAUUUUGCCGUCACCGACGGCCACACUGUCGUGUGUACGCGGUAUAUCAGUAGCAAGACGGAUGAACCGGCAAGCUUGUACUUCUCCUCUGGAACCAAGUGGAAGGAAGGCCGCGAUAAGGGCCAUUUCAAGAUGGAGCGCCAUGACAAGGGCGCGGAUAUCGUGCUGGUGGCGAGUGAGCCGAUUACGUUUGAGAGAUAUAACUGGGUUUCUGUCCCUGCCAACUCGAUCGUCACGAUACACAAACAAACCGUCAUGCUGCACCCGAUCGUGGAUGAAUUCUACAGCGAGGAUCUGAACCAUGACCGGUCAUCAUGCUAUGCGGUUUCGAAGGGUCUUGUGAGUACGGCGCCAGGAACGACCGUUCCACCCCAGAGUGCAGUAGAGCUUGGCAGAGCCGAGCCGAAAACACUGGGUGUCAGUGAUGCCGGGGUCGAAUCUAUAAGUAAGGGCCUGGCUCAACACCAAAUAGAAUGCGCCAAUAAAUGCGCGUUGUCUCAUUGA